AUGGUAAAGUCCUCAACAAUUAGUAAAGAGGCGUGGGCUGCUGCUAAUUUGAUUGUAUGGAUCUCAAUAAUAACUGGAGUAUGCUGUUGUCUCAGUAUUAUUGCGAUCAUUGUUGCGGUUAUUCUGAAUCGGAGAGAGCGUCAAACGAUUGUUGUUGCCGGGAGCCCUGCACAGGCACCAAGUCCAGUAGUGAUUCAUAAAGCUGCUCCAAAGAAGAAAAAGGGGAAAACUACGACAAGUACUGGCGGGACAACUGGAAAAAGUGGAAUGAGCACAGCGGCGUCUACUGUGAAACCAGCUAAUAAGACCGGUGAUGAUGAUGAAGAUCCAGGACUUGGUGCAUAA